ACUCCACAGGCCACUGUUUCACUCCACUGCCAUGCCCGUGCGCCCUUUACCAGGACGCUGCACGCCAAGUCGCCAACAACGGCACAACGCCAUCUCCCUCACCCUCACACGCUCGGACGCCGACGGACGGUGGUCAUUUGACUCGUUCCAGAGACGCAGAGGUAGAGACGCUCAGACGCAGGCAGAGGUCGUUCAGGAUCACGAUCCGUUGUAUCCCUCACGGAUCAAUCUCCCCCACGAUCCGUUGUAGCUGUUCGGCUUUCGUUUCGGCCUUCGGGUCCCAGACUCCCAGAGACGCAGAUCUACCGUAGAGGUGGAGGGCGAAGAGUUUCACUGUUUCAGCGACGGAAGAGAUCAGCUUUGCCCGAGUGCUCGAACUCGAAUCACACAGAUGCCUAAUGAUGUGGAGAAUCCAAAAGCAAGUGAGGCUACGAAAGGUCCGGAUGCCACUUCUCCUUCAAGUAAAAUCCAGGCACCUUGGUAUGAUGGCUUACUCCAGCAAGCUUCAGUAUAUGGUAUUGCUGCUGGUUACUGCAUUUCUGCAUCUCUGCUCUCCAUCAUCAACAAAUGGGCUGUCAUGAAAUUUCCUUACCCUGGGGCGUUGACUGCUUUACAGUAUUUCACAAGUACAGCUGGGGUUCUUAUUUGUGGGUGGCUCAAGUUCAUAGAGCAUGACCCACUUGAAUUUUUAACCAUGUGGCGGUUCCUACCAGCAGCUGUUAUAUUCUACCUUUCCCUCUUCACCAACAGUGAACUCCUCCUCCAUGCCAAUGUUGACACUUUCGUUGUUUUCCGUUCAGCGGUACCCAUAUUUGUUGCUAUAGGAGAGACCCUUUACUUGCACCAGCCUUGGCCAUCCAUGAAGACUUGGCUAUCACUUGCCACGAUCUUUGGCGGGAGUGUGCUAUAUGUCCUCACAGAUUACCAGUUCACGUUCAUGGCUUACAGCUGGGCUCUAGCCUACCUGGUAAGCAUGUCCAUAGAUUUUGUUUAUAUAAAGCAUGUGGUUAUGACCAUUGGUCUAAAUACAUGGGGUCUUGUGCUGUACAACAACCUUGAAGCUCUCUUACUUUUUCCCCUGGAGCUGCUUAUAAUGGGAGAACUGAAGAGGAUUAAGCAUGAAAUUGCAGAUGAGUCAGAUUGGCACUCUUUCCAGGUAGUUUUUCCCGUGGGGUUGUCGUGUUUGUUUGGUCUAGCAAUCUCUUUCUUUGGAUUCUCCUGCCGGAGGGCUAUUUCUGCAACUGGAUUUACUGUCCUCGGCAUAGUCAACAAGUUAUUGACAGUUGUAAUUAAUCUGGUUGUAUGGGACAAGCAUUCGACACUGCUGGGAACAGUGGGGCUUUUGAUUUGUAUGUUUGGCGGGGUUAUGUACCAGCAGUCUACAACCAACAAGCCUAAACCAGCAGCAGAAAUAAAAGCACAAGGGAGUGGGGAGGAAGAACAGAAGCUGCUUCAAAUGCAAAGCAACACAGAAAACAAUAACAAUGAGAAAGAAGCCAUUGUCUCAGGAGACGGAAAAUGAUAGGCCAUCUCGGCAAGCGAUCUUCUGACAUUCUUUAGUUGAUUGGCAAACUCUAAUGAUAGGAAUAUUUGUUCGACCAAGAUGAGAAAAAGUUGGAUUUUAGCAGAGCAUUCAUCAGAAUCUGGUUCAGAUUGGGAGGCAAGCCAACUUGGCUUGAUUUUCCAUUCCCAUUUCACCCAAACUCCCAAACUCUAUUUUUUUGUUGAUAAUUCACUUCCUCAUCCUACUUGUUCAAUCAACCUUGCUCGAAAUCAGAAAACUGGGUUCAAGCAGUAUUGCAUUUUUUUGUUUGUUUGUUUGUGUUGUUAAAAUGUACUAACCCCAUGUUUGUAGAGAGACCUUGGAUUUGGGUAAGAUUUAAUAUAAAAUUAUUUUAAAAUUUAUCUAAA